CUUCUCAUUCACUUGGCUCGCACGGCGCAGACGGCACAGGGAGCACACACCGCCAGGCUGUGCGCAGAGUCGGAGCCAGAGGCCGCGGGGACACCAUGCACGCCCCCAACUGAAGCAGCAGCGCCUCGAAGCCGCAGCUCCCACAGCCAGCGGAUUUCAGGGAGCUCGGACUCAGAGGAAGCCUUACGGAGAGAGCUCCGCGGACCCCUCCAGGAUAGUCCUCACCCGACGCUCUCCUGCAGACAGGAGCGCAUAGUGGCCCCGGCUCGCGGUGCCAUGGAGCGGAUCCCCAGCGCGCAGCCGCCCCCCGCCUGCCUGUCCAAGGCGCCCGGACUGGAGCCCGGAGACCUACCAGGGAUGGAUUUCGCCCACAUAUACCAAGUGUACAAGUCGAGGCGAGGAAUAAAGCGGAGCGAGGACAGCAAGGAGACCUACAAACUGCCGCACCGGCUCAUCGAGAAAAAGAGACGUGACCGGAUUAACGAGUGCAUCGCGCAGCUGAAGGAUCUGCUACCAGAACAUCUCAAACUUACAACUUUGGGUCACUUGGAGAAAGCCGUGGUUCUUGAACUCACCUUGAAGCACGUGAAAGCACUGACAAACCUAAUCGAUCAGCAGCAGCAGAAAAUCAUGGCCCUGCAGAACGGUUUACAAGCUGGUGAGCUGUCGGGGAGAAACAUCGAAGCGAGUCAGGAGAUGUUCUGCUCGGGUUUCCAGGCGUGUGCCCGGGAGGUGCUGCAGUACCUGGCCAAGCACGAGAACACCCGGGACCUGAAGUCCACGCAGCUCGUCACGCACCUCCACCGGGCGGUCUCGGAGCUGCUGCAAGGCGGCCCCUCCAGGAAGCCGUCGGACCCAGCUCCCAAAGCGAUGGACUUCAAGGAGAAACCCAGCUCCCUGGCCAAAGGCACCGAAGGCCCCGGGAAAAACUGCGUGCCGGUCAUCCAGCGGACUUCCGCUCCCUCGAGCGGGGAGCAGAGUGGCAGCGACACCGACACAGACAGCGGCUACGGCGGAGAGUCGGAGAAGGGCGACUUGCGCGGCGAGCCGCCGGCCUUCAAGGGCGAUCAGGGACGCAGGUUCGCCGCGGGCGAGAGGAUCGGCGCUAUUAAGCAAGAAUCCGAAGAGCCCCCCACGAAAAAGAGCAGAAUGCAGCUGUCAGACGAUGAAGGCCAUUUCCCCAGCAGUGACCUGAUGGGCUCGCCGUUCCUGGGCCCCCACCCGCACCAGCCUCCCUUUUGCCUGCCCUUCUAUCUCAUCCCGCCGUCGGCGACUGCCUACCUGCCCAUGCUGGAGAAGUGCUGGUACCCCACCUCCGUCCCCGUGUUAUACCCCGGCCUCAACGCCUCCGCGGCAGCCCUCAGCAGCUUCAUGAACCCGGACAAGAUCCCGGGCCCCUUGCUCAUGCCCCAGAGACUCCCUUCCCCCCUGCCGGCCCACCCGUCCAUGGACUCUUCGGCCCUGCUCCAAGCCUUGAAGCAGAUCCCUCCCUUAAACUUAGAAACCAAAGACUAAACUCUUCGGGGGAUCCUGCGGCUUUGCUCCCCAUCUUCCCUACUUCCAAACGAAACGAAACAAAACUGUGUUUGUGAGAGAGGCGAAGUCGAUCCAGGGUGUGUGCCGAGACGGUCUGGGGCGUGGAGAGGGGAGCUGGGGUGUGUGUGCGUGUGCAGCGUGUGUUGGUUUAGGACGCGAAAGCUCCUCUCAGCCUAGGGAAGACCUGCCGUGGGGAGGUUUAGAGGGUUUAGAGGGACUGCGGCAGACCCCUGGGCCUUUCCUUGCCCGGCAAAUGCUCCCUCCUCCCCAUACGAAUCGGCUGGAUGUUCAAAAGCUUCGAAGUCUCAGGCCGUGAGUCAGUCUACGCUUUGGGAGCCGGGUCUGUGGCUUUGAGAAAAAGGUACUUUCAAACGAGGGCUUUCCAGAGGGCAGUUCCCAGCCAGCCAGCUCUCCUGACCCCACCCUCCUCCCUGUCAUUGUCUCCCUGACUCACCAGACAGGGACGGGGCAGCCUGACCAGACCCGAGCUCUCUGCAGAGCGGCGAGGUAGCAGACACAGGCAUGGCACGGUGGUGGCUUGGGAGCUUCCGCAGGUCUGCUCCCCACCCCUGCCUCGACGAACAAAGAGAAUGUAGUCCCCUCCUCGGCCUUUUCCUGAGUGACUAGCUUACUAAGGAACCGAAAGGGCCCCCUGGUCCAGGCCGAGCUGCCAGGGGCCGAGGGAGAAGUCCCCGGGGACCUCUGACACCUGUUUCUAGCUGUCACCUAGAAACAGUCUUGCUGUCCAGGGAACCAAACCCCAGGUCUGAGAGACGCAGACACCUCAGUUCCAAGCGCCCCAAAGUGCAUAAAACUGAGUUUCAAGCAGAGCUAGAUCCAGUUCGGUUCCCUCCUAAAACUCCUUCUAACACAGCUUAGCUUCUUAAAGGCCUAACCAGCCCUUGGACAAGAAGAUCCUCUCUGCAGGCUAAUUCCCCUCGCCCGACAGCAGAUGGAGCGUCCUUAUUGCUGAAAAGGAGUCCGUCUCCUUCAGAGAAGCUUUAUUUUUGGUCCAGAGUUCUUGUUUUCUGACUCGUCCAGCUAGCCCUGCACCAGCUUUUCAAAAUGCACUAUGCUCGAGCACCGAUUGUGUUUUAACUCUUCCUUUUCCUGUUUUUAUUUUGGUAUAAAGUCGUUGCCUUUAUUUGUAAAACUGUUAUAAAUAUAUAUUAUAUAAAUAUAUUAAAAAGGAAAAUGUUUCAGAUGUUUAUUUGUAUAAUUACUUGAUCUACAAAGUGAGAAAAAUGAAUGUAUUCCUGUUUUUGAAGAGAAGAAUAAUUUUUCUCUAGGGAGAGGUACAGUGUUUAUAUUUUGGAGCCUUCCUGAAGGUGUGAAAUUGUAAAUAUUUUUAUCUAUGAGUCAAUGUUAAGUAGUUGUUUUAAAGUACUUAAUAAAAUAAUCCUUUUCCUGUGGAAGAGAAA